UCGCAUGAAAAUGUCGCGCCCAAAGUAGUAAAAUACACCUCAAUGCACCAAAACAAACCCUAAAACCCUUCCAUUUUGUUGCCACCAAAGCGUUCUCCCCCCACCCUUAAACCCUAAGCCCCAGAAAAUUCGAAACCGAACUCCUUUCUUACUCUACAAUGGCAAUGUUCUCACUAGCUAUCAGGGCUCGAGCCAAAGCCAACCCUCUCCUAACACGGAGAGCCUUACAUUUCCGAAACUUUUGCAACGGCCGUUUUGGUUUAUCGACGUCGGAGUCCGACCCACCUGAUCGGCCAGUGGCGGGGACCAAGUUUCUGGAGUCUUUCAAAGAAGAGUUCGAAAUUGGAUCUCGGGUAAUUUCACUUGAAACGGGUAAAAUUGCUCGUUUUGCUAAUGGGGCCGUUGUUUUGGGCAUGGAAGAGACCAAAGUUUUGUCCACUGUUGCUGCCGCUAAAGGCGAUGCUGAUCGAGACUUUCUACCGCUUACUGUUGAUUAUCAAGAGAAGCAAUUUGCUCAAGGUCUGAUUCCAAACACAUUCAUGCGGAGGGAGGGUGCUCCAAAAGAACGUGAACUUUUAUGUGGUCGUCUCAUUGAUAGGCCCAUACGGCCUCUUUUUCCUGCUGGCUUUUAUCAUGAGAUCCAGGUAAUGGCAAGUGUUCUUUCUUCUGAUGGCAAACAAGAUCCAGAUGUGUUGGCAGCUAAUGCGACUUCUGCUGCUCUUAUGUUAUCAGAUAUUCCAUGGGGUGGACCCAUUGGAGUGGUACGGAUGGGGAGAAUUUGCGGGCAGUUUAUUGUUAAUCCAACAAUGGAUGAGCUUAGUUUAAGUGAUCUCAACUUGGUAUAUGCAUGUACGAGGGACAAAACCUUGAUGAUUGAUGUGCAAGCUGGCGAAAUCACUGAGAAAGAUUUAGAAGCUGGUUUAAGGCUGGCUCAUCCGGAAGCAGUUAAAUAUCUGGAACCUCAAAUCAGACUGGCUGCAAAAGCUGGCAAACAAAAGAAGGAAUACAAAUUAUCCAUGGUCUCAGAACAAAUCUUUGAGAAAGUUAGAAACCUAGCGGAAGCACCAAUUGAUGCUGUUUUUACAGAUCCUUCCUAUGGAAAGUUUGAACGUGGUGAGGCUUUAGAGAAGAUAGCACAAGAUGUAAAAAGUGCACUUGAAGAAGAAUGCGAUGAGCAAAGCUUAAAAGUUCUGCCAAAGGUUGUGGACACUGUCAGGAAAAAGGUUGUUCGCAAAAGAAUUAUUUCUGAAGGAUUUAGACUUGAUGGAAGACAUCUUGAUGAAGUUCGGCCAAUAUACUGUGAGGCUGGCCAUUUGCCUAUAUUACAUGGAUCUGCUCUUUUUAACCGCGGAGAUACUCAGGUUCUUUGUACUGUGACACUUGGAGCACCUCAGGAUGCCCAACGCUUGGACUCCUUGGUUGGUCCCCCAACGAAGCGCUUCAUGCUUCACUAUAGUUUUCCACCGUUUUGUAUCAAUGAAAUCGGUAAACGAACUGGCUUGAACAGACGUGAAGUAGGGCAUGGAACUCUUGCGGAGAAAGCUCUUCUUGCUGUAUUGCCUCCUGAAGAUGAUUUUCCAUACACUGUUCGAAUUAAUUCUGAAGUCAUGGCUUCAGAUGGUUCAACAUCUAUGGCUACUGUUUGUGGAGGCAGUAUGGCUUUGAUGGAUGCUGGCAUUCCAUUACGAGAACAUGUUGCAGGUGUUUCAGUGGGUCUUGUUACUGAUGUUGACCCAGAAACUGGUGAAAUUACGGACUAUCGUAUAUUGACUGAUAUUUUGGGUCUUGAAGAUCAUCUAGGAGACAUGGAUUUCAAGAUUGCUGGGACAAGGAAUGGAGUUACAGCAAUUCAAUUGGAUAUAAAACCUGCUGGGAUUCCUUUAGAUAUAAUAUGCGAGUCUUUGGAGCCUGCACGUAAAGGACGCCUUCAAAUCCUUGAUCACAUGGAACAAGAGAUUAGCGUGCCUCGAAAUCAAGAUGAUAGAAAUUCUCCUCGUCUAGUAACUUUGAAGUUUAGCAAUGAUGCUAUUCGGCGAUUUAUUGGGCCUCUAGGUGCUCUUAAAAGAAAAGUUGAAGAGGAAACAGGUGCUCGGAUCUCCGUUGGUGAUGGGACAAUUACUAUAGCUGCUAAGAAUCAGGCUGUGAUGGAAAAAGUGCAAGAUAAGGUUGAUUUCAUUGUUGGCCGUGAAAUCGUAGUUGGAGGAAUCUAUAAAGGUAUUGUCAUGUCAAUUAAAGAAUAUGGUGCCUUUGUGGAGUUUAAUGGUGGACAGCAAGGUCUGCUACACAUUUCUGAGUUAUCACAUGAACCGGUGUCUCGUGUUUCAGACGUAGUGUCUGUUGGCCAGCAAAUUUCUUUGAUGUGCAUAGGACAAGAUGUUCGUGGUAAUAUAAAAUUAUCUCGUAAAGCAACUCUACCCCGACCUGAAUCCGAGACCAAAAGUGUAGUUGAAGGAUCUGCUCCUGUUACUAAAGAAAAACCUAAUAUUUGGGCAUCACCUGAGAACAUGUCAAAAGGUGAACAGCUGGAGUCCACUCUCGAGGAGUUGGUGCCGAGCAAAAUGGAGAAUACUGAAUCAAACCGAUCCGCCUCUUUAAUGCCAUCAGUAGUAAUUCGAAGUGCUGCCGAGUGUGACGAGGAGGAGAAGUCUGCUGGUUUGAGUAAGACUUCCAAAAGUGCUCCUAAACCAAAGGGCACGUUGAAAAAGGGUAGUAAACAGAAAAAGAUCCAGUCUUCUGAUAACAUGCCUGAUUUGUCUCUCAGUAUUAUGUUGUCGGAAUCCUUAUCUCAAAUGGGAGGGAAUAAAGAAUUUACUUCUCAAGAUGAAGGUGAGGCUAAUCUGAGUGAUCAGAAUGACAAGGAAACUGGUGGUAAGACUCCAGUGACACCUCAAAAACUGAAGCUAGGAACAAAAGUUACUGCUAAGAUUUAUCAAAUUCGAGCACGUGGUUUAGUUCUCGAUUUGGGUGGUGGAAUUCGUGGCAUGUAUAAGUUUGAGCCCAAUGGUGAGAGGGAGUUUACUGUAGGUGACGAAUUGCUAGUCCAAUGUUCAAGUUUUACAAGUAAAGGUAUCCCGGUCAUGUCUAUGGUGGAUGAAGAAUGAUAGCACAUUGACAGUCCUUGCUGGGAAUAAUGUUCUUAUAGAUGGAGACGAGAUUGGUGUUCGAUGGAUAUUCUUGUUCUGAUGGCUGAAUAUUAUUGAAUUAUCGACACUGUUUUGGUGAACAAGCAUGUGCAAAGGUGGAUCAAUGAAUAUAAAUUUACCCUGAAGUACACGAGGAAGCUUUCUUGGUGGCUGUACAAGCAAGGUAGUCUUUACAGCUGGGCGGAUCAUAAUACUUAAAAGAUUUCAUUUUUGCAUGGGCCCUGUACGAUGCAUGGUUUGCACUCUUUAACCUCAGGGAUUUUGAAAUUUUGGAGAAUAGACUGUAUUGGGAAUUUGAAGAUAUAGAGGAAAUUGUAGCUCCUAACCAGAUUAGGUUCAUUGAUUAUGAGGUUGGAUCCUUCAUUAUUGGUAUAUAAAUAUUAUGAGUCGGGCAUAACAAUGAUUGUAACUUGUGAGCAAGGUUAUUGUACCGUAUCAAUAUUGAUAAAAUUAUUGAAGAUA